AUGGCUGCUCCAACGGCAAGGGCUCGUGCCGAUUAUGAUUAUCUCAUAAAGCUUCUCUUGAUUGGUGACAGCGAGGUUGAAAUGCAAAUGUGUGUUGACUUUAGUGCAUAUAAAUUAAGCUCCAAAAUGAUGGCAGUUGUUGAUGUUUCCCAAAGGAUUAGAAGUGUUGGAAAAAGUUGUCUCCUUCUGCGUUUUUCUGAUGGUUCUUUCACUACUAGUUUCAUCACAACUAUUGGGAAUUGGAUUCGCAAUAUUGAGCAACAUGCUUCAGACAAUGUUAACAAAAUACUGGUUGGGAACAAGGCUGACAUGGAUGAAAGCAAAAGGGUUGUGCCUACAUCCAAGGGCCAAGCACUGGCCGAUGAAUAUGGAAUCAAAUUCUUUGAAACUAGUGCAAAGACAAAUCUAAAUGUUGAAGAAGUUUUCUUCUCAAUAGCAAGAGAUAUAAAACAAAGGUUGGCUGACACUGAUUCCAAGGCAGAGACCAAUCAGGAGGACUUGGGGAAGCUGCACAAAAAUCGUCUUGCUGUGGUUGAGGACAGAUGUUAUAAAUUGGAGGCAACGUUCUUGUCCAAGAACAUGUAG